UACCGACUGCUCAUUUGUCGUUAAUUAAAUUACUCAUAACCGCAGAGAGGGGGCAGUAAGGAUGAUCACUGAACAACACUGAUUUAUCAAAAUUAACACUGAUUUAUUUUUAUUACUUGAUAAAAAUUCGUUAACAUUAGUCGGCGGCAAGCCGCCUAAACAAGACUCGGAUUUUACUAUUAAUAUUUAUGAUCUACAAAUUUGAGACUAGUCCGGGGGACAGCUCAUUCAGACAAGAAAGGGGACUCACCGUCAAGACGACGUCUUCCUCGGAUGGACCCGCGACUCAUUUUCUUUAUACAAACAAUUAUUUUUAAUUUUAUUUAGAUUAGUCACAAUCGUGACGCACACUGUAUGACAGCCAGAACGAGAAUCAGAAUAAAAAUGGCUGACUUGUCAGCAACGAACGCAUCGCCAACCGCGCGCUUCGUUUUUUACUGGUGAGUCCCAGAGGAAUUAUUAAUUUAAAGUUCGUUGGUCAAUUAUCACUCGUCGGUAAUGUCACUCUGCGGUGGGUAAUUAGUUCCACGCGGCGCCACACGAGAGGCGAGAGUCUUACUCUCGCGAUUUUAAACAAUAAAAACAAAAGAAAGGAACGAUUAAUUUCCGAGAUUAUUAUGUAGAUUUUGAACAUCGAUGUGACGAGUUUGCAGGUGAAUGUCAAUAAAUUAUUAAUCUUUGUCAGAAGUGACGAAUUUAAGGUAAACAUAAGUGUUGUUAAAAAAUAAUAAUAAAUAAAAUAAAAGAUUGGUAAGUUUCCUUUUCAUAUUUCCUAAAUUCUUUAAUACUGUAUUUUGCUUCUUUUACUUCUUCCUUCUUUGUCAAUAUUGUAUUGCAAAUAUACCUCCGUUAAUUUUCAAUUAUGAUAAACUAUAACAAUUUUGUUACAAGUACGGAUGUAACAAAAAUCCACAAGCAUUCGGCUUCUGCUUUAGAAAUAGUCGUAUUUCAUAAAGUUUCAUUUUAUAAAAUAAAAUUUAUCGUAAAUAGAUUUUAAGAACAUCUUACGCAGUUUAUAAUUUAAUGAAGACGACAAAUGCAUAGCAGAACAUAAAGAAACAGAAACAUCUUAGAAAACUUAUCGAUAAGUGGUUGCAUGAUGAAUGAAAUAAUAAUAGGUUUGGAUAGAGGAUUCAUAAUGUGACUAUUACCGUUUUACGCAUUCUGAACUCUUUACAUUCAUAUGUAGAUUUAAAUAAAUGAUGAGAACUGCUCUACAACAUUGAAUUUAUCAACGAGAACAAUUUGCAUUUUACUUUUGCCUGUCUAUCAUCAAAUUCUCGAAUAUGGAGUGAAUGACUAAAUAAUAAAUAACGUUUCACAUUAUAUCCGAUUACAGAAAAUUCUAUCUUUAUACCCUUUAUAGAAAUUUUAUCCCAGCUAUGCUACACUAGUAUGUGCUUCACAGAAUAAUUCUACCUCAAUAAUAGUUUUCAUUAGCACUAUUUUUGUAGCACAAGUUCAUUAUGUUUUUGAAAAUAGAACCUACGAUCAGUUUAUUUGGAGUAAUUGUAAUUUAGCGGUAGGAAAAAAGAGAUUUUUUUUGAAAAAUGUACAAAGCUGAUUAUUCCAUAAAACUUUUGACAAUCGUAGGUUGCUAUAGACCGAAAAAUUAUUCAUCUUCGAAAAGAAAAAUUCUGUACUAUAUCUACACGAUCAUAGUGAUUAUUAUUCUCUUCUCCUUCAACAUAACUUUGGGUGGUUACUUUUUGCUUCAUUCAUUAAACGAUAUUGAUGAAUUCGCCGAAUCUUUGUGUUGGUUCCUAUCGACAAGUAUAUGUUGUGCAAAAAUGGUAAAUUUCCUUCUUCGACGAAAUGAUGUUGCUAAACUAUUAAGUACCUUAGGUGAGAAUACUUAUUUAAGAACACGUGACAAUUGUGAAAUGAUAAUUCAAGAAGAAUGUGAUACUACAGCAAGAAAGGGAACGAAAUAUUUUUUUAUCGUCUGCUUUAUCACAGUGUCGACGGUUACAUUCGGAGGUUUGGCAAAGGGCAAAAAUAAUAUCAGUCUUCCACUAAAGGCCUCAUAUCCGUAUGAUGACAAUUUUUGCCUCUCAUAUGUUUCUCAAUCGAUUUCUAUCUACAUCGGCGCAUUUAUAUCAAUUGGAUCUGAAACAUUUGUCAUGACAAUGAUGAUUCAACUGUGCUCUCAACUCAAUAUUGUCUACUAUCGUUUACAAAAUUUGUCCUCCGUGUACAAAAUGAAUAAGGACUGUCGGAAUACAUCCAGAGAAAACGAGGCCAAAAUUAUCAAAAAUUGUGUUCAACAUCAUAAUUUCAUUUACAGUUUCAGUAUUAAAUUGAACAACAUUUUUAAUAUUGUCUUCGGCAUUCAAUUCUUUGGGGCAGUGCUAAAUAUUUGUACCCUCAUAUAUAGUCUAUCGACGAAAACCGAAAUUAAUGAUAAAUUCGUCAUUCAAAGUAUGGCGUUGACAACUUUUUUAUUUCAAAUAUUUCUCUAUUGUCAUUUUGGAAAUGAGGUUAUGGUGACGAGUUUGAAGCUUGCAAAAGUUAUAGACAAGAUUGAAUGGACAUUAUUAGAAAAGAGUACAAAAAAAGAUCUGCUUCUAAUUUCUUUGCGUGCAAGUCGUCCGGUGAUUAUGAAAUGUGGAUUAAUAAUUCCAAUAACUUACGAUACUUUUCUCUCGAUUUUAAGAACUUCCAACAUUGACAAUAUUGCUGUUGUCAAUAUUUUCAAUGUUGCUGCAAGUUUAGAUGCUGUGGGGGAUGUUAAUAGAACAAUAGUCAAAGAUCACGUCAAUAAGUAUUCAAUAAAAAUGUUUACCAUUGCCGGUGUUGGAAGACCAACAAAAUGGUCGUCAUUUGUCGCAAAAAUUAUGUACAAUAUAUUUUCAUUUUUUAUGGUUAUUAUUUUUUACACAUUUACUAUCUCACUGUGUACAUACCUAAUUUUUCAUUCUCUAAACGAUGUUGACGAAUUUGCUGAAUCGCUAUGUUGGUUCCUUACAGCAAGUGCUAUCUUUGCCAAAAUGAUAAACAUUCUUCUGCAACAGAAUGAAAUUUUUAAAUUAGUGAAUAUUUUUAAUGAAGACUGUUUACAGACAAGUGACUCUAGGGAAGAAAUCAUGCAGGGAAAGUGUGAUCAUACUGCAAGAAGGAACACAAAGUAUUACCUCGUAAUUUGCAUUCUUGCAGCGUCAGCAUUAUCAUUCGGAGGAUUAGCCACAGCUAAGAACGAUCUUCAUUUACCGCUCAAAGGAUCAUUUCCAUAUGAUUAUAAGAGAAAACUACCAUUCUAUUUUACAUACAUUUAUCAAGCAAUGUCUCUUUUAAUUUCAUCUUUCGUGACCGUUGGAUAUGAAACAUUUGUUAUGACAAUGCUGAUACAAAUUUGCUCCCAAUUGGAUAUAAUAUUUUACCGUCUGCAGAGUCUACCAUUAUUGUACAGAGAUGAUGCGAAGUCUUUUAUAUUCAGUAAAAAGGAGGCUAGGAUUAUCAAGAAAUGUGUGAUGCAACAUAAUUACGUCUACAGGUUUUGUAGUAAACUAAACAGUAUUUUUGGUGCUGUACUCGGUUAUCAAUUCUUUGUAUUCGUGUCAAACAUUUGCACCCUAAUAUUUAUUAUGAAGCAUGAAGUUAAUGACAAGUUUGUUAUACAAAGUAUCAUAUUGACGACUAUUUUAUUCCAACUAUUUCUCUAUUGUCAUUUUGGAAACGAGCUCAUGGUAAAAAGUUUGAAAGUGGCUAACGUCAUAAACAUGAUGGAUUGGACAGGACUGACAAAGAACACACAACACCAUCUUUUGUUAAUUUCUCUGCGUGCAAGUCGUCCAAUAAUUCUGAUGAGUGGAUCAAUUAUUCCAAUCACCUACAAUACAUUCCUCUCGAAGGAACACAAAGUAUUUUCUCGUAAUCUGCAUCCUCACAGCGUCAGCAUUAUCAUUCGGAGGAUUAGCCAUGGCUAAGGACGACCAUAUUUUACCGCUCAAAGGAUCCUUUCCAUAUGAUUAUAACAGAAAACUACCAUUCUAUUUUACAUACAUUUAUCAAACAAUAUCUAUUUUUAUUGGAUCUUUCGUCA